AUGUCAUCUCCCUACGAAUCCGUUUCCGAUGACAGUCAACAACCCACAACCGAUCCGAUGUCAUCCUCACCAGAUCCAUACGAGGCCUCCUCCGAUGAGGAGGAUGACCACCGAAGUCCUCAGAUGGCAGGCACGCACUCACUGGGGCUGAACAAGAAUUAUGUCUUGUCUUGGAGACGACUGCACGCGUUUCGCGAGUUCAUCCAAAAUUGGAAGGACGGUAUCAUCGCGGCGUUUGACAUGGAUCCCCGAUCUUUCUUGCCGGUCUGGGACGAAACAAUGCCUGGAGUAAUCCGCAUCACAGUGCACCGCAACAUCGAAGGUCAACGAGAGCUCGUCGGCUUCAUCGUUCAUAAAGCCAAGACAGGCACAGUCGAGAUAGCCAACUUCAACGCCAACCUUUCUAUGGAUGAUUUGAGUAUCGGCGGCUCAACGAAGAGGAACAAUGAUAAGUUCGCUGGCGUUCAUGGUGAAGGAUUCAAGGUUGCAGCCCUCGUCAUGGUCAGAUCUGGGAUCCCAGUGCGCAUCCAAUCCACAUCUGCAAAUUGGAAUUUCGGAUUCAACGGAGUCACCAAAGAUCGAUUCUAUUGCAAGAUUUCCAAGCCUCAUACAAAGCAUGUUGAUUGUGAGACGGCCUCGCUUUCACAGCAGACAAUGGGAGGAACGCUGCGAUCCGAUCUGGUGUCGUACUCUUCCAUGGACGUGACGAUUCAGCUCUCCCAUCCAGCAACGGGUAGAGGCUACCGCAAGCCCAUCACUGCAGAAGAGUUCCGCGGCUGGACGACUGUGUCGCUUGAGUUGAGAAACCCCGAUCCCGACAAAAUGAUCCGAACGCAGCACGGGGACCUAGUCCUCGAUGAGAGGUUUGCAGGACAAAUCUACUUGAAGGGGUUCAAAGUGAGCGCCCCUACUCUUGGCAGCAAAUCUUACAGAUUCUGCUACAACUUUGCGACUGGAAAGCUUGGUCGUGACCGGGAGAGAAUGACGUCUCACGAGAAAGAGGCGGAAACGCUGGCCAAUAUCUGGGAGACAGCGGUGGCAGGCGACCAUGGCAACCUCGUGCAGCGUUACGUCGAGCUUUUCAGUGAAGACUGUGUUGACAUCAUCUCUGCUGAGAAGGCGUCCAGAAUCUUGGCCCGACGCAUCUGGGCCUGGCUGAGAACUAGUCAACCAGGCACAUUUUAUUUUUCGGAAGGCUCCGAUUCUAAGCAUGAAGGUGGUCAUCAGGUUGACAUUAUUCUGAACGAUAUCAAGAAGCAGCCUCGAAAGCUGGCCAAAGAGCUGUGGCGACUUCUUGUAAAGUACGACUGCGCCCGAACCCCCCAGCAGGAACGAAUCAGUCUGUUCUCGUCAUUCCAGCCUGUUGAGAAUGUGUUUGGCUACUUCGGUCUUAACAUCUCACGUAUACUGAAGUCAGUUCUGGCAAUGGAUACAGCACUUUCUGGAAUUCGGCUCCAAUUCGUACAAGGUGCUGACACCACCAUCGACCUUCACUUUGACCCGAAGAGUGGGGUGCUUCAGAUCAAUCAUAGAUGGCUCAAUUUUGAAGCCGUUCAUGUCGAAACUCCAUGCGAGUUCUUUGAGAUCGCGAAGCAUGAUGACGUUGACGAUAUUUUCUACUGCGACCAUGUGGUAGAAGAUUUGCUUGAGCUUGCCAUGAACCAUGUACGGGACUAUGUCGACAUUUCUCCUUCUAAAGCCAUCGAGCUACGACACCAGGCUCGGGAGUACAUUCGGCAGACCCCCAGAGGCGUCCAAGUUUCAACGACUUCCAAGGCUGGCGAGCUUCAAGUCCACUGGGUCCGAAACAACUAUGAGAUGGUGUCCAGGAAAUACCUCGAGAAGAAGGUCUGCAACGUCAAACUCCAUAGUCUCAGCACUUGUGAGACAAGACGUCAAGACCUCAUAAAAAAACACUGGUGCGAAUGCCCUUCGACGACAGUCCCACUGUCGCAAAGCUGCGUCCUCUUUGCAAAUCUCGACCCAAAUGAGGACUACUUUCCGGUGGUUUGGCGUGAAGGAGAGACUGCGUUCACUGCGUUUCCUCCUCAAUGCGUAUGCCCCCUGGAUAGAUCCGAGCCUAUUACGCCUCCAAGCGGUCGCUCUCAUUCCGUGAGCGUGGAGACGGAGUCUGACAUUGAUAUAUUGAUGAAAACGGACUCUGCAUACGACAACGAAUCGUCAGAGAUAGACAUUUACUCAGAACGAGACGUUUACUCAGAGGGAGACAUUUACCCGGGGCAAGAUAUUUACUCGGAGCCAGACAUUUACUCAGCUACACCACAGGCUCGUGACGACCCGCCGGUGGAAGAGGGCCUUGAUAGAGGAAUGGAAGCUCGUGAAGAGGCCAUCUCUGAACAUAUCUGGCAGAAUGAGGAGUUUCCUCAGCUUCGUUCAAUUGUUCUCACUCCACGAACAUUGUGCCGCUGCGAGGGAAAUGACAAGGAUAUGUUUCUUGAAUCUAGCCUUUACGACAGUCGUCUUGACAUUGAGUUCGAAAAAGACCGAUACUAUGAAAUCCGAGACAGUUCUCAGUGUUAUCCCGAUUACAUCGCUUGGGUCCACGACGUUCACGACGAGAGCGCUGGAUGUGUCCAAGAACAUCAUUUGAGCGUCACCAGGUUCUCGAUUCUUCGGCAAGAGCACCUGUUCCGGGGCGGAAGGAAACUGGAUGAGAGCGCCGAGAUUGGCGAUUUGAUGCUGCACUUCUCGUCCGUACAAAAUAUGGGAGAACAGAGCGACGCCGAGGUUAUCAUGAUCAAGGACAUCACAUUUGCCAAGGCCCUCAGCACGAGCUUCAGAGUCAGGUAUCGCCCUGUUUGUCACACACAUUCAUGCGUCCCAGCCAACGUGGACGGAUCCUCGAUGACAGAUGAAGACGCCAAGAAGGAGUUGUCUUGCCGCUUUGCUAGGUCAGUGAUCGAUGAAACCGUCACGAUCACACCCAUCAUCCCGAAGCGCCUAGCCCGUGAGGAACGGCCAGAGCGAAAGGGAUUCUCAAGCUCAUCCCCAGUCAGUGUCUUCGAUUUCACCCCGAACGUUCUUGGCCCAUUGGAAGGCUUUGCCGAGGCGGGAUUCAAUUCAUUCGCAGCUGUUGGGUUUGAUCCAGAGCACAGCAUCAGUUGGAAAGUGCGCUAUCCAAAUUGCCCCGUUUUUGAUGGUUCUCCUCAGCAGCUCUUCAAUGACUUGAGCUCUGGAACUCUGGAUACCCCCCACUUGCUGACAGGAGACCCGAUCAAAGUUUCCUUAGUGGCAGGACGGAACACUGACCGAUGCUCAAAGCCCAGGAUUGAACCCGAGCUCAAGGAGAGCUUUGUCGAUCGACUUGACAUCAUGGACUCCAUCACGAAAUCAAACUUUGAUCCGGACUUUCAAGUGCUUCAGAUGCCACCUGGGGUAUUUCACCCCAAUGUUUUUGAACGGUUCUCGUCCACAAUCUUUCAACUUCUCGAAAAGGGUGAGACCGUAUGUGUCAACAUCUCAUCACUGCAAAGUUUCGGCUGCGUCCGUCAGCGGUACCUGGUGAAUACCGUUGCCUCGCGGUUUCCUGGCUUGGCCGGCGUACCCAUCAAGCUCGCAGCCCAUCGAACUGAGGAUGACGAGUUCACGCACAUAACCGAUCUCAUCAAAGACCUGAGCUUCCUCAACCCGAGGCAGACGGAAUCUUCAGAGGAGGUGAGAGGCCAGUUCAUAUGCUUCCCAUCUGGGGAAUGGGGGGGCAGCAACGUGUCACCAAGUUACGUCUACAACCACAACACCAACAUCAGGCGUUCGGAGAUCGAAAGCCUUCGUAUAUCUCCGUCCUUCAAUCUCAGCCACUUAUCCCCUGAAGAUGCAGGCGAUUCUCAACGUCAGAGCUGCUUGACCGUUCUCGAGAUCGCGAAAAUCCAGCAUUUCAAAGACGACUUUGUGUUCUACGGUUCGCCUCUCAAGCAGUUGAGGAUGUUAUAG